UAAAGUGCUAUUUACUCAAAAUUAAAUAACCGGACUUUAUUUUCCACCUUCUCCGAGGAUCGGAAAUUCGCUGCCUCAGAAGUACGCAUUCUUAUGCUCUGCUGUGAACAAAAAGCUCUGCAUGCACACACAUUUUGCACCGCAAAAACUCACACACACAGCGAACAUAGAGGAAGAAAUAUGGGUGGAGUGAGAGGGAUUCUGCUGGACUCCUCCGUACUAUUGCCCUCCGCCGGCGAUGAUGUAAGUGGAGAUGCCGUCCUCCGCUCCGGCGCCGAUUUUCUGCUCCGCAAGCUACUCUACUCCAAAAUCCCAACGGGUAUAUCUCACGAACAGGAUCUUUCAAGUCCAAAUGAGUGUCUUCUUCAAGAGACGGCCAAAACCUACACGUGCCCUAUCUUCUACUUGUCACUACAGGAUGAUAUUUCAAGUGAGGUUUCUCGAGUUUGGGAGGACAAUGGAGGAUGUUUUAUUCAUGUAGUUUCUAGUUUCAGAGAGGACCUCUAUCAUGGUUCUGGCUGGUUGAAGGUUAUAGUUGGGUCUGCUGAAAAAAGACCAUCCAACGAUUUUGAAUAUGUUGUUGCAACUGGGAUGUCGAGCAUAUCUAUUCACAAACUUGAAGAGCUGCCUCUGUUAAUCUGCAAUUUGAAUAAAAAGGCAAUGGGUAAAGAGGCCUUGACAGUGGGCUAUGUGAUGAAGCCUUCUCGAGAAGAAGAUUUUGCAAAGAGAGGUGCCUUUCCGUUGUGUCCAACACAAAACGGACUGAUAUUUUUGCCCCUCAAUUACGGACUUCCCAUGUCAUCUCAGUUGAAACUGGUUGAUGCAGUUCUUCAUAAGGCAACUGAUGAGAUUUUGGCUAUUGACAUGGAUAGUCCUUCAGAGUUCAGUGACAGAGUUACUUUUACAACAAAUCUGCAGGAGUUGCAAAGGAAUAUCAAACUCCAGCUGGAUUGUUGUGUAAUUGACCCAUUUAACAACAUUUUCCCUAUAUUAGAUCGGUUGAAAAUCCAGCAGAUUCUAAUUGGCCUCGAAACUGUCAACAUUCAAGGUCGUCAUAAAAUCAGGGCUCCACAUUUUCUCAAGGUUGAUAGCUUUGACGAGCCCAAUUUGGAUCAAAGGCUAGCAGAAGCAAAUUUGUCUUUGCCAAAUAUAGUGAAACCUCAAGUUGCAUGCGGUGUAUCUGAUGCUCACAGUAUGGCAAUUGUUUUUAAGGUGGAUCAUUACAAGGAUCUCAAUGUUCCUCUUCCAGCAGUUGUGCAGGAAUAUGUUGAUCAUUCAGCUGUGCUUUACAAAUUCUAUGCAUUGGGAGGAAAGAUUUUUUAUGCAAUCAAGAAGUCUAUACCAAAUGCAGACACCUUAAUGAAUUUAUUUGCGGAGAAGGGACUGAAGCCUUUACAUUUUGACAGCCUAAAAUCUCUUCCUGUUGCUAAAGAAGGACUUAGUGCUAAUAGUUGUCAGGUUGAUCUUGAGCUUGUGAAUGGUGCGGCAGAUUGGCUUAGAAGAACGCUUGACCUUACUAUAUUCGGCUUUGAUGUUGUUGUUCAGGAAGGCACUGGUGACCAUGUUAUUGUGGAUGUGAAUUACCUGCCAUCAUUCAAGGAAGUUCCUGAUGAUGUUGCAAUACCUGCCUUUUGGGAUGCUUUGAAGGAGAAGAUAGUUUCAGGAAAGAGCAAACAACCUACAGAAACCUCCUAGUUUUCUUUUCUAAUUUUCUGAUGGAUGCUAGUUGAUGUUAACAUGGAAUUUUUAAUGAUUCUUCUUUGACUUCUUUUCUUUGUUGCCUGCUACCAGUAUUACAUUUAUGAUCAUGUAGUCUUUUAUACUCAUUUUAUUUAAUUCUGUAAUAUGGUGAUUUUUACGAGAAUUCAUUUGCAUUGCUUUCUAAGAAGGGCCCUUUGAGUAA